GCCGCUGUCGGAGGCUCCGCCGGGCCGGGGCCGGUGGCGCAGAGCGGGACCCUCCCGAGCCCGCGUCCGUCCCGCUCCCGGGAGGGGAGGAGCCGGGGGGGCUCCCGGGGAGGAGCCCGGGGGGCUCCCGAUGAGGCGCCGGAGGAUGAACCAGCUGUACAUCGGCAACCUCAGCCCCGCCGCCACCGCCCAGGACCUCCGGCAGCUCUUCGGGGAGCGGCAGCUGCCCCUGCCCGGCCAGGUCCUCCUCAAGUCCGGCUACGCCUUCGUGGACUACCCGGACCAAAACUGGGCCAUCCGGGCCAUCGAGACCCUCUCGGGGAAAGUGGAGCUGCACGGCAAAGUGAUGGAAGUGGAUUAUUCCGUGCCCAAAAAGCUCAGGUAACCCCGCGCCGGCACCCCCGGCUCCCCCCGAU